AGCUCGCCCGCUCACUCACUCACCCGCCAGCAGCAACGAGUCGACGACCCUUCGAGCAAGCCGUGAGCGUCAGCAACCUCGUGCCUGCUCCUCGCCAACAACACGCAGCUUUUAUCCCAACAACCGACUUCCUGCCCUCUCACACCGCCGUCGGCCCCGCCUAGCUGCAACCAUGGCGAGCACGGCGCGAGCCCUCAACUGGGUGUACCGGAUGGCCGUACCCGCCUCGGCCGGCGCGUUCCUCGUCAGCCAGUCCCUCUUCGACGUCAAGGGCGGCACCAGAGCAGUCAUUUUCGACCGGAUAUCCGGUGUCAAGGAGGACGUCAUCAACGAGGGCACGCACUUGCUCGUCCCUUGGCUGCAGCGCAGCAUCAUCUUCGACGUGCGCACCAAGCCGCGCAACAUCGCCACCACGACGGGCAGCAAGGAUUUGCAGAUGGUCAGCCUGACGCUGCGAGUGCUGCAUCGGCCAAACGUCAAGGCCUUGCCCAGGAUCUACCAGAACCUCGGUGUCGACUACGAUGAGCGAGUCCUGCCCUCCAUCGGCAACGAAGUCCUCAAGGCCAUCGUCGCGCAAUUUGACGCCGCCGAGCUCAUCACCCAGCGAGAGACCGUCUCGCAGCGCAUCCGCAGCGAGCUGACCCGCCGCGCCGCCGAGUUCAACAUUGCUCUCGAGGACGUGUCCAUCACGCACAUGACCUUUGGCCGCGAGUUCACAAAGGCCGUCGAGCAGAAGCAAAUCGCCCAGCAGGACGCCGAGCGCGCCCGCUUCAUCGUCGAGCGCGCAGAGCAAGAGCGCCAGGCCAACGUCAUCCGCGCCGAGGGCGAGGCCGAGAGCGCAGAGGCCAUCUCCAAGGCCAUCUCCAAGGCCGGCGACGGCUUGAUUCAGGUCCGAAAGAUCGAGGCCAGCAGGGAUAUUGCGGCGACGCUGUCGUCCAACCCCAACGUGGCGUACUUGCCCAGUGGAGGCAAGAACGGUGGCGGGGGUCAGUACCUGUUGUCGGUGGGCAGGGCAUGAGUGAGCAGAGGUGGAUGGAGGGAAAUCCCCGCUUUGUCGCAUCAGGGUGUACAUCAUCACAGCGACCAUGUAACAUUAGGCUUGGGAGUAAUGGAACAGGACACGCCCAAC